ACAGGCCGCCCCGCGUGCCGCCAUUAGUCACACUCAUUCAACUACCAACAAACACACAAUACCACCAACACAAAGACACGACUCAUACCCUCAUCACUGAAACACAAAAUCCUACGGCCACUUGUGUACACACCACGCAACUUUAUCGAAUAUGCAUAACAAUAGGCGAGAAUGUAGGAGACCCAGUCUCACCCAACACCACGAGGUAUUAGGUCGUAUACAAUGUAUAGCCAGGCCUUUGACGAAGACGCGCCAAUACCACUCAUAGCUAACUACACCGUGGUGAAAGAAGACGAAGUGCCGAAGCACGAUGACCGUGUUAUCCUCGAAAUAGGGCGGCCAGAAGAGAAGCCACGGGAAGAACACACAUUUUCUCACAAGAAGUAUGAUAAGACAAUCUCACACCAUCGCUCGUACGUUCUCGACGACUAUACGGAGCCGAGGAGGAUAUUCCGGCCGCAUGAGCUGGACUCCCAGGAUACGCCGAGGUACCAGGACUACAGGGAAGGGUUGCACCAUGAGGCGGCUAACUCGGAGUCGUCGCUAGACUUCGGUCAUGAGGUGGCGGAUCACAGCAAGCUGGUGAUAGACGAGGGCAGCCAGCCUGAUGGACUGAGCUGGAAGGAGAGAGUGCUGCAGCUGGAAAAAGAGUACAAGAAGUCUGCGUGCGACCGCGAGCGCACGCGCAUGCGCGACAUGAACCGCGCAUUCGACCUGCUGCGCUCCAAGCUGCCCGACGUCAAGCCCUCCAAGAAGAAGUACUCCAAGAUCGAGUGUCUUAGAAUAGCGAUCCUAUACAUCCGCCACCUGGAGUACAUGUUGUCGGGAGCCCCACAGGAGGACAACCCCAACUUCAUGGAACUGCACGGACCUGAGCUGCGGCUGCGGCAGCAGCGGUAUUAGCUGAUGAUGAUGAUGAUGCUGCUCUGGAGUGGAGGCCGCGACUACGCAAACAUGUGAGGGUCGCCCUCCG